AAACUUCGGUUAAUUUGAAGUACCGACUUUUAAGCGGCAUGAACAAGUGGUGUACAGUAUUUGUACAGCCUAAAGACAGUACACCAAACGGAUUAUCUAUACAUUCCAGAAUGUACAUUUUUCAAGUGUAUUUUCUUAAUUGUAAAUAUUUGAAUGAUGGUUUUAAUGGGAAACUUCCCAAUUGAUAUUCCCUUAAAGGGUAUUUUCUUCAAUUAAAAGACAGAGAGAAAGCCUGUUCUACGCGAUAUGUACGUAACUCCUUUGGGGUUAUUGUGACCCAUAAAUCUUGAAAAGACGACAUCUAAUGUUCUGUCUGUAUUGUUAUUAAUCUAUGGUCCAACUGUUUAAACUGUACUGAAAGGAUGAGGAUAUGAGAAAAGGAAUUCCUAGUGUAGAACCUAGUGUUAUAUUUAAACUCAGGCCUCCUGUCAUCCCUGUAAUCCCUUUAGUAGCUUGUCUUGCACAAGAAUACUUUCAGCCUUGUCUACCAGGAGAAGUUGGAAUUAUUGAAGCUUUCAGUUACUGCAGAUCUUGUGUUAAAGAGCCCGAACCUGAUUGUUUGAAUAAAGCAGAAAUUAGUUCUCCUGAAAUCAAGAACUGUGUCCGAGACAUCACCCCUCCACCAGUAAUAAAAGAGCGCUGGGUUCGGUCUCCGCCUCCUCCGCCAUAUCUAAGACGAGCUUCCGCCAUUCCUCCGCCUCCAAGAACACCAAAGCCAAUCAGGCGGCAAAGUAUAAGUCUACCAACCAAACAAUUAACUGUACUAGAUAUACCAACAGUAUUUAGACCUGAAAGAUCAAGAACUAAUCGUGAAAAUCCGAGAACUAAGAUUAAGUUUUCUACGAGUACAGCUCUGUACAAACCACCGGACCCAGUGUAUGAAGGAGUUAAAACCAGACGAAAACCAGCCUUUUAACAUCAUAUUUAGAACUUUUUCUAAGUAAACAUUACAAUAUUAAAACAAAAUCAAAAAUAUGAUGCAGCAAAAAAUACAAAAAACUUCUUUCAAAAAAUGUUUGCAAAAAA